AGGUGGAGACCAGAAAAGGGUUGAAGUUAAAAGUACAGACAUUUGACAAAUACACAACUUGCUUUAGUGCAGUGCAGUGUGUGUUUGUCUUUCAGAAGCUAAGAUCCAUUCAUAAUGGCCGAUAACGUUAGAGAAAAAGCGACGGAUCAGAUGAAACUGUGGAAGGAGGGUCGCGGCUCUCAGCGGCCGGACGUCCUGACCACUGGAGGUGGUGUCCCGAUCGGUGAUAAACUUAAUUUGAUGACGGGCGGUCCGCGUGGACCCCUCCUGGUGCAGGACGUGGUGUUUACUGAUGAGAUGGCACACUUUGACCGAGAGCGCAUCCCAGAGAGAGCCGUGCAUGCCAAAGGAGCAGGAGCGUUUGGUUAUUUUGAAGUGACACAUGACAUUACACGCUAUUGCAAGGCCAAAGUGUUCGAGCAUGUGGGAAAGACAACACCCAUCGCUGUGCGCUUCUCCACCGUGGCUGGUGAGGCCGGGUCUGCGGAUACGGUGCGAGACCCUCGGGGGUUUGCUGUAAAGUUUUACACUGAAGAGGGAAACUGGGACCUUACCGGAAACAACACCCCCGUCUUUUUUAUCAGAGAUGCUAUGUUGUUUCCAUCCUUCGUCCACACUCAGAAGCGGAAUCCGCAGACUCAUCUGAAGGAUGCCGAUAUGGUUUUUGACUUUUUGAGUCUGCGUCCAGAAUCUUUACACCAGGUGUCUUUUCUGUUCAGCGAUCGGGGGAUUCCAGACGGCUUCCGUUUUAUGAACGGAUAUGGAUCACACACCUUCAAACUCGUCAACUCUGAGGGAAAUCCUGUUUACUGUAAAUUCCACUUUAAGACUGACCAAGGCAUAAAGAAUUUGACGGUUGAAAAGGCGGCACAGUUGGCUUCUACUGAUCCGGAUUAUGCCAUCAGGGAUCUCUUCAAUGCCAUCGCCAAUGGCAGCUUUCCAUCUUGGAGCUUCUACAUCCAGGUCAUGACCUUUGAGCAGGCCGAGAUCUGGAAGUACAAUCCGUUUGAUUUGACUAAGGUCUGGCCUCAUACUGACUUCCCUCUGAUUCCUGCCGGCCGCUUGGUGCUAAACCAAAACCCUGUGAACUAUUUCGCUGAGGUCGAGCAGCUCGCCUUCGAUCCCAGUAACAUGCCGCCCGGCAUCGAGCCCAGCCCGGACAAGAUGCUGCAGGGCCGUCUUUUCUCUUACCCAGACACACAUCGCCAUCGACUCGGUGCCAAUUACCUCCAGCUGCCUGUUAACUGCCCCUACCGUGCCCGAAUUGCUAACUACCAGAGAGAUGGCCCCAUGUGCCUGAAUGACAACCAGGGGGGAGCUCCUAACUACUACCCCAACAGUUUCAGUGCCCCAGACCACCAGCCACGCUUCAUUGAGUCAAAAUUUCAAACCUCCCCUGAUGUGGCCAGAUACAACAGCGCAGACGAUGACAAUGUGACUCAGGUCCGUACGUUCUUCACUGAAGUGUUGAGUGAAGAUGAGCGAGAUCGUGUGUGUCAGAAUAUGGCCGGCCACCUAAAACAAGCUCAGCUGUUUAUUCAGAAACGCAUGGUUCAGAACCUGAUGGCUGUUCAUCCAGAUUACGGGACCCGUGUUCAGAAUCUCCUGGAUAAAUACAACGCAGAAGGAAAGAAGAACGCUGUUCAUGUUUAUACUAGUGGUGGAGCGUCUGCCGUGGCUCCAGCUUCCAAGAUGUAAUUCAAAAGUGCCGAUUGUCCGCACAUGAUGUUACACACACACAACAAACAUACACAUUUGAUCGUACUAACACACACGUAUUUUAACCAAAACAAAUACUUAUACUGUAAUCCAUAAACAUUUUCUCCAACACACACGGUUGUUUGGUGAAUGAUGAUGAUGCUUAAUUCAUUCCUUGUGUGCUGUAAAAACACAUAUGUCAUAUCUAAUACGGCCAAAUUACAACACAUAUAAAAUUAAUUUGUCAAAGCAUUAAAAAUUUCGUCUGAAUUGUCUUGUGUCAAACCAAAAAGAGGCCUUUUAAGGGAUUCUUCACCCAAAAAUUACAAUUCUGUCAUCAAUUACUCACCUCCGAGUUGUUCCAAAUCUGUAAAAAUUGGUUUGUUCUGAUAAACACAGAGAAAGAUAUUUGGAGGAAUGCUUAUAACCAGACAGAUUUUGCCCCCCAUUGACUAACAUGGAAGAGAAAUACAAUGGUAGUCAAAAGUGCCCCAGAUCUGUUUGCUGUCCUACAUUCUUCAAAAUAUCUUCUUUUGUGUUCAACAGAACCAAAAAUUGAUGAAGCCAUUUUUCGUACUAUGGGGUGCACGGUCUGUUUGAUUAUAAGCAUUCUUCAAAAUAUCUUUUUAUCAUAUAUAUAUUUAUACAGAUUUGGAACAACUCAAAGGUGAGUAAAUGAUGACAGAAUUUUCAUUUUUGUGUGAAGUAUCCCUUUAAAUGCAUAAAUGCGUGUACUCUAGACCAAAUCAACCUUUAUUACCUCAUUUUCACUUGAUUUUGUGCAAAAUGUGAAAUUGCAAAAAAAAACUGAAUGGUUAACACUUUUCUAAAUGAGCCUUUUGAUUUAUUAAUGCAGUUUUAUAGCUGAAUAACUGAAAAUAAUUGUCUGUCCCUUUUGCCUUAACCGGACAUAAUACUGUUCUCAUAAUAUGAAUGUGAAACCUUGUCAUUUUAUAGUUCAAUAAAUCUGAAUACUGCA